AUGUCGGACUACGAUUCCUUUGACCGCAACAUGCGAGUUUCUGUUCAGCGCAACGGAGAAAUCAACGACGUUGGCUACUGCAAUCUCAUGCUUCCUCGCAGCGGCCCAGACUCUCCGGGGCCUCAUUCCGAUGUGAAGGGACUAAUGUCAUGGCCGCGUAUCUGUGGCGUCUUGACCGACGUAGAGAUUGCUCAUACCAUGGGGACAGAUUCAUCAUGGACGUCUAAGCCGCGCGGCUGUCGACUGCGCAUUACCUUCACAGAUAAGAACUCUGAUGAUCUUUUGGACGAGGAGGAUCAGAGGGGAGAUUGGGAAUCGCGGGAAGUUCCUGGCAAAAACAGGAAGAGAGCUGAUCUGACCUCGGUCGACCCAAUCGUGUGCCUGGAUGCGAAUGGUGUUGGUACCUCAUAUAUGCUGAGCUUGGGGCUGCUGAUCAAGACGCCAUCUCCCAGCCGGGUGACGCAGGUGGUGCUGGAAGAGAAUACACAGAGGACCCUUGUGCAGGUGCCACCAGUGUGGACGAACGACAGCUUUAUCACACUCGCCAAAGUGUUCAGUAUCAUUGCUAUCGCACUAGAGCGUAUAGAGUUCCUUGGCAUCCACUCGGAGAUGGGAGAAGCGCUAAAAAAAGCGAGGUUAGAGAUUCAGGAAGAACUCUUGAGAAGUCUGGAGGCUGAAAAGAACGAUACCAACAAACUGCAGAUUGCAGCACCCGUGCUGCCGUUUCUGGCACUUAAUCAAAUUUGCGGUGGCAGUAAACCUCUGAGCUUGGAUAGUUUACAGGGGCUCGUCUCAAGGGUUGUGCCUUAUUAUGCCGUAGCACCAAGGGUGGAGGUCCACAAAGGCUCAUGCGGAUGUCUGCUACCCGGGGGGCUGGCAGAAGCAGACAAGGGCGCUGGUAUCUCUGAGGACAAAACUACUCCAAAGAGAUUUUAUGACGCCUUGCUCGGUAGCGAGGCCGAUCUCAAAGACAAGAUAGUGGCAAGACCGGUGGAUGAACCCGUGGAGAGCUACAUAGCACUCUCAUACCCUUGGAACUCGUACAAUUCACAAGAUCUGGAAAGGAUUAUUGGAAUAGUCCAUGAGGUAUUGAAUUGCCGCUACUUCUGGGUCGAUCGAUGGUGCAUAGACCAAGACAGCUACGAGGACAAAGAAGCCGAGGUGCCCAAGAUGAAGGACUACUACUCUAACGCUGAGUACACUCUGAUCCUUCCUGGCAUGACAUUUCCACUUGGACUUGCACAGCUGAAGACCGAAGGCCCCAAAGUUCGAGUAUACACUCCCGAGCUAGUUCAGCAGGUCAAGCAGACAUGGGAGACCUGCGAGUGGAGAAAGCGCUGCUGGACAUUGCAGGAAGCCAUCAUGAGCAAGCAUUGUACCUUCUGGACAGGUCAAGAAUCAGCCCCCCUGAUCGACUGUUCACAGCUCGUGGGAAUUUUAUGCAGUUCGCCGUUUGGUGACAGCUACAUAAACACCCUCCCUCACCUCUCGAUGGAGGUAGGCCAUGUCGACAAGAAAACCUUGGUGGCCAUGGCAGCGACGAUAGCAGACCCAACAGAGGAAUCUGUAUAUCAGAGAGCAAUAGUCAGAUGCUCCAGUCAUGGCACCAUCCCAGAAGCGAAUGCCUGCAAGCGCCCUUUGGCAGUGCUACUGGACAAGGUGCGCGGGCGAGAAGCGACUCUAGAGCUGGAUGAAUACUACAGCCUCUUCUCCAUGGCAUCGGAUGAGCUUCCCGCUAUAGAUUACAGAAUCGACAUUGUUCAGCUCGUGGAGAGAAUCUUGGGUACUGGUGCUCUAGGAGCCAAUAUCCUUUUGACAAGUACUAGGCGAGACAGUGUCGUCAAUAGGAGUUGGGUGCCUAGCAUUUGCGCCAAGCGACAAUUUUCAAUGAUGGGAGAUGGCAUAAACGCGUCGCAUCCGCACAUAUCUGACGGUGUAAUGGUCGUUGCUGCAUUUCCGGUUAGGAUGAAGACUGCAGAUGAUGACAGCAGCGACUACUUCGCUGAGGGCACAAAGAUUUACAUGGUUUAUUCCUACCCAGCAGAGAAUCCCUUUGAUGUUGACAUGGACUUUACUAUACGGCGUAGACUGAAGAGAGCGAGCCACUAUCUCUUCAUACAGCCGGUACAGUGGGAUUUCUCAGUGUUCACCAGUGGUUUAAUACUAUUGGCCACUGAGGAAAAGAAACCAGGAGAACACCGUGUGAUGGAUGCUACAAUCAUGGAUAACAUGACACAGCAUACAUUUUUGCAAAACCGCCAUUUUGGAGAUGGUAAACCAUUUCGGCUUGUCUAG